UUCAUUUUGAGUUUUGUGACUCAUUUUGUAACUCUAAUUUCGUAAUAAAAAUUAUUGUGCAGAGUUUUGGAGUGUGAAUAUAAGUUCAGAACUGUGAAGCUCAGAAAAGGAGUUGUAAAUAAGUUGUUAAUGUAAACUGCAGUCUUAAUAAAUUUGAGUCUCAAAAUACAAACAAAUAUGAUAGCUUCCAAAUUGCCAAGUUUCGCCGGAGCUACAAAGCUCCAAUGGUUUAUUCCGGCACUAACUGGUCGGUAUCAGAGAAUUCUACCAGUCUAUUGCAAUUUUCGAAGGUAUUCUCAAGAAAAACAGCCCUAUUACGACAUUGUUGUUAUUGGUGGUGGUAUCGUCGGCUCAGCUUCAGCUAGAGAAUUGAUUCUAAGACAUCCUAACCUUAAAAUUGCACUUUUGGAAAAAGAAAAUCGUUUUGCAUUUCAUCAAAGUGGCAAUAAUAGUGGUGUAAUUCAUGCAGGGAUUUACUAUAAACCUGGCUCAUUGAAAGCAAAGCUAUGUGUUGAAGGUUUAAGGUUAACAUACAAAUACUUAGAUGAGAAAUGUAUUAAGUACUCCAAGUGUGGUAAAUUGAUAGUUGCUACAGAUAGAUCAGAAGUUUCUCGACUUCUAGACUUGUAUGAACGUGGAGUCAAAAAUGGUGUCAAAGAUAUCAAAAUGUUAGAUUUAAAAGAGAUAAAGGAGUUAGAACCCCAUUGUAAUGGUUUGCAAGCAUUGUGGUCUCCCCACACAGGCAUUGUUGAUUGGGGUGAAGUGACAAAUUCUUACAUUAGUGACUUCAAAAAAUGUGGUGGGGAGACAUAUCUAAACUUUGAAGUCAACAAGUUUACAGAAGCUGAAAGUUCUGAAUAUCCUGUAACCAUAACAGACUGCAAGACUAAUACCAUACAUGCUAAAUAUGUACUGACAUGUUGUGGAUUGCAUUCUGAUACAGUUGCUGUCUUAACUGGUUGUCCAGAGGAGCCUAAAAUUAUACCAUUCAGAGGAGAAUAUUUAUUUUUAGUUCCAGAAAAAAGUCAUCUCACCAAAGCUAAUAUAUAUCCUGUUCCAGACCCAAGAUUCCCAUUUCUAGGAGUGCAUGUGACACCCAGGAUAGAUGGACGUGUUAUUUUAGGCCCUAAUGCAAUAUUAGCAUUUUGCAAAGAAGGUUACAGAUGGGGUGAUGUUAACAUGAAGGAGCUUAAAGAUAUUUUGUCAUUUUCUGGAUUCCGGAAAAUGGCAGUUAAAUAUGCUGGUUUUGGGUUAAAAGAAAUGACAAGAUCAGUUUUGAUGCCAUUACAAGUAAUGCAAAUACAGAAAUAUAUUCAGGAAAUUACAACGAGAGAUGUAGAAAAGGGGCCUGCGGGAGUGAGGGCACAAGCAAUGGCGAAAGAUGGCACACUGAUAGAAGACUUUGUGUUUGACUCUAAGCCGGGGUCAGGCGCCAUAGGUAGUAGAGUAUUGCACUGCAGGAAUGCACCAUCCCCAGGUGCAACGUCAUCAUUAGCUAUUGCCAAAAUGAUAGCAGAUAAGAUAAAAGGCGAGUUCAAGCUCUAAUAGGGUUUUUAUUGUGUGUAAGUUAACAAUUUACUAUUACUUCUUAUAUUGUGUAACUCAUCUAUUUUAUUAUAAUCUUUUAAGGGCUGAUUUAACUUUAUUUUGCCAUUGAAAAAUCAGCCCUAAGUUGCUAAAAUUUCAUUUAUUAUCUAUAUGAGAGUUGUGAUAUAUCAAAUAAAUAAUAUUCUCAAUUAUUUUCUAUUUUUCUAAACUAAACAUUUUUCCUAUAUUAAGAGUUUACCUAAAAAUAUUAGGUAAUUUUUUUUUAGAUGUAUAUAAUUUUAUAUAAAAUAUUUGUUCAUACUACAUUUACUUAUUUUCAAUAGCAAUAAUUAUUAUUAUUAAUUGAACUUUAGUUCAAGCACUGUGAUAAAUGAAUGUUUUAUAAUAAUGUACAAUGUACAUGUAAAGAUAUAUUUUAUAUAAUAUGUUUUGUGAUAACUGAUAAGCAUAAUUUGCAUUUGAAUGUCAUAUAAGAUAUUAUUUAAUAUAUUAUUAGCACUGUUAGUUGUUUAAUAUAGUGCAUAUUAUUAUCCUGCUAAAACUCCCUGGGCGCAACAUAUUAUGUAGCUUCGCUCAGUGUCUUGAUUGGUGCUAUCUCUGAAUUGUUGAACACAAACAUAACACCAAUCUAUAGUCUGUUUGUCCUUAGUUGUCUUAAAAAAAAAAAAAUAGCAGAAACCUUGGAGAAACACGUAAUUUGCCCGGCGCUUUAGACCUCCUGGAGUUCAGUUGUAUCAUGAUCAUUGUUAGUUUGUAGUAACAAGGUCGCGUAUAGUGCGCCUCUUACGUAUUUCAGCGAGAAGCUACUGUUUACCUUUUAGUAAACUAAAGUAUAGAUAAACUUGGAGAGUAAAACAUUAUCUUACUAUAAAAUAUCAUCCAAGUAGUAAGAGCACUGAGAAACCAUAAUAUGUCUUACAUAGGUAAUACAAUUGUUCAUAAAAUGUAGGAUGUACAUGCAUUAUAUUAAAAUAAAUAUACAUACAUAGUAUAAAAGCAUUGGACACAAAUUAGGAUUUAUAAAAUUACAUAUAAUUAAAUACCUAAAUGUUUUGUAUAUUUUUUUAUAACUACUAUUUCUAAAUAAAAAAUAAAUAGAUACUUAUAAGAACAUUUAUACUUAGCUAAAAUACAAGCUUCAAGCAGUCUUUAUUGUUGAGCUUCAUUCUAAUUGUUAUUAUGUAUGCCUAUGUAAACAGACAUAUUUUAUUUAUUACGUAAUAUUUUUCUACAAACAUCAAAUUUGAUGUGACAGGUUUUGUUUACAUUUUGAUGUAAGCUUUGGGAAUGAUACUGCUCUAGCAUAAGGUAUUGUAUAAGUAAUUCCAAGACUAAUACUAGCUGUUAUAAUUAGUUCUCUUUAAACUCAUUACCAGGUUCUUCUAACGUUUUAAAGUUGCAAUGGCAAACAGGCUGAAGUAAAACUUAUUUUCACAAGGGUGCUUGUUUUUUGAACAUUCAGUUUUAAUGUACAAAACUUCAGGCAAGAAUAUUAAGCAGAAUAGUUUUAUGAAAUUAAAGAUCAUGUUAUAUUUAAA